AUGAUGAAUAUGGGCGGGCCAUCAACCUUACCAGAAGUGCACGAAUUCCUUUCCCGCCUUUUCCACGACCGCGACCUCAUCCCUCUUCCAUUGCAAAGCCUCAUCGCCCCCUGGAUAGCAAAACGGCGCACACCCCAGAUAGAGAAACAGUACGCUGCGAUCGGCGGUGGGUCGCCCAUCCUCCGGUGGACGAGGCAUCAAGGACAGGCGAUGAUCCCCCUUCUGGACGAGCUAAGCCCGGAAACGGCACCGCAUAAGGCGUAUGUCGCAUUCCGGUAUGCGAGGCCGUAUACUGAGGACUGUAUGGAUGAGAUGCGCCGGGACGGUGUGACCCGCGCGGUCGCAUUCACGCAGUACCCGCAGUAUUCGUGUUCCACUACUGGGAGCAGCCUGAAUGAGGUCUGGCGCUGGGCGACGGGGGUGAAGAGUAGGCCGAAAGUGGGGGACGAGGAUGUGCAAAUGGGGAUGCCCGGUGUGGAGUGGAGCGUUAUCGAUCGUUGGUUCGCCCACCCCGGUUUGGUAGAAGCAUUCGCACGCAACAUCGAAACUGCGUUGGAACACUACGAUCCCUCAACGCGUGACUCGGUCGUGCUCCUCUUCUCUGCCCACUCCCUCCCCAUGUCCGUUGUGAACCGGGGCGACCCAUACGUGCUCGAAGUCUCUUCCACAGUAAGCGCGGUCAUGCACCGCCUAGGGAACCGAAAUCCCUACAGGCUGGUAUGGCAGAGUCAGGUCGGGCCUAGCGCGUGGAUGGGACCGCAGACGAAUGAUGCGCUCAAGGGACUUGCUAGGCUAGGGAAGAAGAAGGUGUGCCUGGUGCCGAUCGCGUUUACCAGUGAUCAUAUAGAGACGCUGUUUGAGCUGGAUCACGAGUAUGCGGAGGAAGCGAAGCAGCUCGGAAUCGAUAUCACCCGCGCCGAGUCGCUCAACGGCUCCCCCGUGUUUGCCCGUGCGAUAGCAGAUAUCGCUGCUGCGCAUCUGAAGGAAGUGAAGCGGACGGGACAGCAUGCGAGUGUGCAGAUGGGACUUCGUUGCCCCGGGUGCAAGUUUGAGCAUUGUGGGAAGCAGAAGGAGUGGUUUGCUAAUGGUGGGCGGUAA